AUGGACAACGAUGACCAUGAAGAAAUAAUGGAACAUCUAAAGGUAAUAGAUACAAUGGAAAAUAUAAAUCAUACAAAUAGUUUAUUCAAAAAAUUGGCGUCUGAUAUAAAUAACACGACUUACCAUGUAAACAAAAUCCUUGUAGAAAUUCAAUUAUAUCAUAAUUUAAAUUUAAUAAAGGAGGAAUUCGAAAAAUUGAUCGACACCGUAAACUCAGCUAGAACAGGUAUAAUGUCUAGAUCUAUCUUAACACAUGACGAAAUUGAUACAUAUAACCUUUCCAUCGACAAAUUCAAAGAUAUAACAAUAAAUGUCCUAAUUAAAAGUAAUAUUCUAGUGUUUGGAAUCAAUACUCUCAUACUCACACAACCAAUAUUGUCAUACUAUGUUAGACAAGUACCAAACAAAUAUCAUCAAACUUUAAACAUUGACAUUAAAAAUGUAGUAUUAUAUAACAACCAAUAUUUUAAGUUUGAAAAACAUGUAAAAUCCUUGCAAAAUACAUUACUAUGUAAAAAUAAAAACUGUAUCAUAGAAUAUAAGAAUAAUAAUCAAGUAAGUGAAAUUGAAAAAGGAUUAUUACUAGUAGUAGAUGUCAAUCAAAAACUAAAACAAAAAUUUAACGAAGAAUUGUAUGAACUAAACGGAAAAUUUGUAAUAAGAUUCAGUAAUUGCAAUAUUGAAAUAAACGAAAAAGUAUACACAAACGAUGUAAAACAAUUUCAACAGAUGCUAAUGCUCGAACCAAUUAAAGAUAUUUCCAAUUAUAACAUUAAAAUAAAUAUGGAACAACUAAAGAUUGAAAACAUAAAAAAAUUUGAAAAAAUUGAGGAAAUCAAAUUUGUUCAUAAACAGAACAUUAUUGCAACAAAAUAUAUUGAAAAUUACCCUUUAAAUAUCGUUGAGGACAACAAUAAACAUAAGGAGGGAGGAGUUACAUAUACACCUACUCAUAUUACAACAAACUUCUCCAACGACAUAUAA